AUGGCUAUUUUGGGGACCCCUUGGUGCGUGGAGCACGACUGCUUCAGCCUGCACUGGGCGCGGGGCGACUUCGCGAGCGCCCGCCGGGGCUGCGAGGAGCUGGGCGGGCACCUCAUGACGGUGCGCUCCACCGUGGCCGCCGACGUGCUGGAGCUGCUGCUGCAGAAUAGCAGUGCCGCCGCCAGGCUCUGGCUUGGCCUGCACCUGUCCCGGGACUGCACCGAGCCUGGCCCGCGGCUGCGCGGCUUCCGUUGGGUCACGGGCGACGCCGACACCGACUACGUCAACUGGCGGCGGAACGGCUCCGUGUGCGGCCGGGCCUGCGCCGCGGUGUCCCGGGACCUGCUCUGGGAGGAGCGGCGCUGCCAGGACUCCCUGGACGGCUUCUUGUGCGAGUACAACUACCUCGGCACGUGCCGGGGGCUGCCCGGCGGGGACGUGACCUACCGCACUCCCUUUGGGGCGCGGGACAGCGACCUGGUGGCCCUGCCGCCGGACACCGAGGCUUGGCUCCCGGCGCUCGACUUGGAGCUCGUGUGCAAGGAGGACGGGGGGCGUUUCAGGUGGAGCGCCCACUUGCCCGGGGCCUGGGCCUGCCAGGUGGAUAACGGGGGGUGCGAGGGCACGUGCCAGGAGAAGGACGGGCAUCCCUCCUGCGCCUGCCCCGAGGGGAGGACGCUGGAGGCGGACGACCGCAGCUGCUCAGCCCCCUGCGCCAGUGCCCCUUGCGAGCAGCUCUGCGUCCCCCACGGCACCGACAUCCUCUGCAUGUGCCUCGAGGGCUACGAGCUGACUGAGGACGGCAUCCACUGCCAAGACAUCGACGACUGUCAAGUGAACCCGCAGGUCUGCGACCAGAUAUGCAUCAACACUGAAGGGGGCUUCGAGUGCCAGUGCCGCCAGGGCUAUGAGCUGGUGGAGGGGAAAUGCAGGGAUGUGUUAGAGUGCUACGAAGUCUUGUGCCAGCACCACUGUGAGGACAUCCCUGGGGGUUACAGAUGCAUCUGCUUUGAAGGCUAUGCCCCUCACCCCGAGGACCCUUUAAAAUGCGUCUUGUUUUGCAACCAGAGUCAAUGCCCUGCCGAAUGCGACCCUCAUGUCCAGAAUAAUUGCGUGUGCCCUGACGGGUUCAUCUUGGAUGAAUCUGAGACGGGUCCCAAAAUGUGUAUAGACAUCAAUGAGUGUGAAAUGCAGCAUUGUGAUGGGAUCUGCACGAAUACGCUAGGAAGCUUCAGGUGUGAUUGCCCUGAGGGGCAGGUCCUCACUGACCCAUACACAUGUGUAAAUAGGAGUGAUUUCGAAACAGAGAUUUCAGGGAGCGGUGAAAUUUACCUGCAAACACCAGUCCCCACCCAGCUCCCACCAGCUAAGAGCCUCCACCCUGGGGCUCUGGUUGGCAUCAUCGUGGGCACUCUGUCCAUGAUCGUCAUCCUGAUAGCCCUCGUUUACCACCUAAUGAAGAAGCAUUUCAUUGCCCAAAGAGCCAUGGACUAUAAAUGUAGCAGCAGUAUCGAAAAGGAAGUGGGACUCUAUCAUGUUACCCCAGGAUGUUCCUCUGCUGGCCAGAAAUUGUAGAGAUUCAGACUGAAAUGACAGGAAGAAGUAGAGAACGGGCUGAAUGUUUUUUCAUAAUUCCAAUGAAAAACAGAAUUCAGGAAAAGUUAUGAAUGAUUUUUCUUGGGGGGAGUAAGGGGGGAGUGAAAAAAAGAGGUUCGCCAUGUUUUUUGCCAGUUCUAGAAACUAUCCUUUGCAAGGCACGGGAGAUCUAAAUGCCACUGCAUUCAGUAGAGAGUUAUUGUCUCUGUGCCCUCUGUAAGGAAAUUGGCAGAUAGAUGCCUUUUGGUUCCCCACCAUUCGUGACAUGGUGACUUCAGUGGAAUUGAAAGAAAGAACUCUAUUUCUGAGAAGAAUGUCCUGGUUUGGAACUGACUAUUUUAAUCUAUCUUGACUGUAAGGCAAGCGCGUAUAUGCAACUCUGAUCUAAGAGUAAUAGACCCUGGGGCAGCUCAACCCAAGUGGCUCUUAUCCAGAGGCAGUAUUAGGAGUUCUUUUCUGCAUCAGCUAAGAAGAAGAGCUGGAAUGCUGCUGCAUUUAUUUAGGUUGGUUUUUUGUUUUAUGUGGUUUUUUAAAACUGAGAAUUACUAAAGAACUAGCAAAGUUCUUUUGGUCAGUGCUUCUCCUAGUUUCAUCUCCCUGUCUUUAUAGUCUGUAGGAAACUGAAACUCUCAUCUCUGUCUGUCCGUCUGUAGUCACCUACCUGUUCAUCCACUUUUCUUCCUUCUUUUGGAUGUUAUAGUGUUACCCCUCAUUAUCAUAUCUGAGCACCUUCUGCAGAAAGUUAAGAGCCGUAGUGAAAUCCCUGGUGAAUGUUUGUCACUUUUUCUUCUUUGGGGACAAAAAUGAUUUUGUUGCUGUUUGUUUGUGAUGGAGUUUUGUUGUGGGGGUGUUGGUGUGAAUGGUAUGUAUGUCACUCUAAUUCCAAGAGAAAAGCCUUUUCAUUUUUAUGUUGUGCCUUCUGUUCAGUACCACAGUUUCUCCAGUGAUUUUGUUACCCUCCUCCCCCUGUCAGAUUAAAUCAUCAUUAACAAACCCUUUUAGCAGCCUCCCGCUUGACAACAGUGCAGUUUUGCUUUGCUCUACUAAAUCCCUUAGUUCUGGUCAGGUCACCUCUGUGGACCUGGUUUAAUUCACAUUUAGGUCAGUGACAAAACUUCCAUUGACUUUAAAGGGAGGAAGAUCAAGCCCUGCGUCUUUGCAUUCUAACAUUAUACUGGGGGAAACCUGGAAAAUUUGUUUCACAUUUGCCUAAUCGGACAGUGGAUUAGGAGACUAUAAUCUAGCAAAAGGCCUGAAUACAAAGGAGACUGUAGUGUGAUUCAGUUCCAUCACAUUAUAUGGGAGAAAAAAAUGUAUUCAGACACCACAAGUUCUGCUUAUGUUCUGUCAGUGGAGGCUUGCUUGGACUGUUACUUCAAACAGGAGCCCAACUGACUGCAAGCAGAUACGUAUAUAUGCCUGUGAAAUAUCUGCAUAUGGCAUUUUCUACCAGUACUUUACAAUUCUGGGAUUGUAAAAUCAGACAAUCAGAUGACAGCUUGCAAAUUAAUUGACAGAAGCAUGCAGGCUACCAGCUGGUUGUAGUUAAAGUUUGCUGUUAAGUCUGUUUUCAAGCCUUCCCUGCUUCUGAGUGGAAAUAACAUAGGUACAUGCAGAGUGAGACUAUCACAUAGUGUCCUCAUUUUUUCCUGAUAUACCAGAGUAAUCAAACUACAUAUUGAUUUUCAAUAAAGAGCUAAAAGGAGGGAUGUGUUAUAUAAAAUUGAGAUUUCUGACUGUAAAUGGUUCAAUCCACUGUUUUUUUUUGUAAACUUGGCACAUUUGUAAAUAUUUAUUUAUUGGAAAUAUACCGUAUGCAAUGCACAAUCACUUUGUGAUUUUAUAUGUCAUUAAAUAAAGCUUUUACAACCUGGUUUAUAGAAAA